AUGGCAGAGACACUACUCAACGCCGCUGGCAAACGCAUGUUUUCGAAACAUAUGGAGUCGUAUCGUGCUACGGACCCCUUGUACGAGGAGUACACCGACGCGAAGGGUCGUGUGAAGAGGCGCAAGCGCGACCUGCCGACUGGAUUGUCCGACGCGGAUCUCAAGAUUCUGCGUUCAGUCAAUCGUCGUGCACACUACCUCGACAAGGGGUUCAGGAUUUGCGGGGUGCGGUUUGGCUGGACUUUCAUCAUCGGUUUGAUUCCGGGCGCGGGUGAUGCCGCUGACGCCGUGCUCGGAUAUACUCUUGUGAUCCGCAAAGCGAAGAAAGCCGAUCUACCCGGAUGGUUGAUUCAGCGUAUGCUGUUAAACCUCGCUAUCGGUACUGGCGUCGGCUUUGUGCCUAUCGUUGGUGACGUCGUUUUGGCGAUGUGGAGAGCCAACUCCCGCAACGCCGCUCUUCUCGAGGAAUUCCUUCGUCAACGCGCUGCCGGGAACACUGACGACAAAGGGAAGACCAUCAAGGGAAAGAAGAAAGCAGGUAACCCCGCCCCGGAAAACGGCCGGCCCGCGCCCACUCAGCCCAGCGAGGAGGAAGUUCCUAGCGGACAUGCCACCGGCGCGAAGGCCACAGCUCGUCCGGGCGCAUCGAGGAAUGCUUCAGAGUCCGGCCCCGCGAGGAGCUCCAGCGGGAGCAGCAGGCGAUGGACCCCGUGGCGCCGGACACCGAGCAAGGAGAAGGAAGUGGCCGCAACCACCCAAAGGCGGGACAGUAGGAAGGUCUAG